AUGUCGUGGCAAGCUUAUGUUGACACCAGCCUCGUUGGCACUGGCCAUAUUGACAAGGCCGCCAUUAUCAGCAUCGCUGGCGACAGCACGUGGGCAUCGACCGCAGGCUUCACGCUUUCCGCCACCGAGAUGAAGGCCAUCUCCGACAUUGUCAAGGGAGACCAGGCUGCCAAGGACAAGGCUUUUGCCGACGGCCUCUACGUCGCUGGCGACAGAUUUGUCAUGGCCCGCGCUGACGACGGCACCAUCUACGCACGAAAGGGACGUGAUGGUAUCGCCGUUGCCAAGACCAACCAGGCCAUUCUCAUCGGUCACCACAACGAGAACCAGCAGGGCGGCAACGCAAACCAGUCGGUGCAGAAGCUGGCGGACUACCUGGUCGGUGUUAACUACUAA